AUGUCUCGGCCAAGUACGCCAUUCGAUGGAGCCACUGAAGAUCCGUUUCUUUCGUCUUCAGAUCAGGAUCAAUUCUCACAGGCCGACUUCGAGGAAUUAUUUGGCCCCGGUGGUUCGGAUGGAGCCAUCUUCUCGUCGAACAAUAGCGAAGUGUUUGACGGCACUGAUUUCGCAUACGGAGAUAUCUCACUAGUAUCUGUCGACUCAUCAAGCUCUUCCAUCAUAUCGACACCUGAGCCCUCAAAUCGCGGCUCUAAUCGGCACUCAUUAACGUAUCCGACUCCAGAACCGGACAAACCACAUCCUUACCCAUUCGAAACUUUUCAAUCUUACGAAGCGGGUAUACCUCUGUCCGUCUUCAAUUCGAGGCCUUUUCCCGUCAGAUCACAGACAAACAAUGCCCAUCUCUAUUCAACACAGUUUGGGCAGCCUGGCAGUCGCCGACGAUCACUCAGUCAUGGAGACAUGGACCGAGUCGUAGCUGCAAGUAUACCAAAUCCGACCUUCAUCCGUCUCCAAGCACCACGUUCCAGAACUAUACCAGAGGAACUCCGAGGGAGAGAUCAGCACUCGCACUAUGGAAGAGGUUCAUGCCAAAGCCCCCCAGCUCGAGGCAGGCCGAUGAAGCCUACGAGCAUGCCAUACUCGCUGCAGUCUAGCCCAUUGGUAGGCGGUAUGUUGCCAACCCCGAUUGGAACACCCUUGAACGCAGGAGAGGACACCGACUGCGACACCAACACCACUCAUCAGAACCACAGCAUAGAAAACAACAAUCCAUUUUUUCCUUCAUUUCCGGAGGGUCUUGUCUUUCGGCAAAUGUCGCGCCCCGAAGAACUUGCGAGAAGCCAGCAGAUUAUCGAAAUCGGAGCCCUUGCCGUCACCAACCACGGAAGUAUUGAUCCUAGGCUUCAACCACACGCUUUUGUAUCAAACCGAGAGCGUAUGUUGAAGAAGCUGGUUGAUAUCGAAGAACACUUGGGCAGGAGCGGAGGUGUUGAGGCGCUUCGGAGUUGCAAAACGAUACGGGAGGUCUUGACUGGGACGAUGGAGUGUGAAGAAGAGUCAAACAGUAUGAAUGAAGAGUUGAAAGAUGAAGAAAUCACAGCAGCAAAUACACCCAACGAAGCAUAUUCCGAUCUAUCCAAUGGUUGCGACGAUAACGAGAUCAUGGCAAUGUUGAUGAGUCAGCAUGGGGUCAGAGAGGGUAGAGAUGAAUAA